AUUACCAUUUCCCAUAGACAUCUUCUGGAAGUGUGUGUGAGUGCUUACGUUGUCUUUGCUAUUGCUGUAAAAUGCCGACACCUUUGAGAAGAGAUGAGGAAUUAUCUGAAGAUCAAGAUGCUGCAAUUGAUGAAGAGGACGACGAAUCUUUAGCUGGAACUGAAGAGGAUGAAUUAGAUGAUGGUGAAGAUGAGAACACAUUACCUGAAGAUCCAGAUGAUCAGGAUGGUGAAGAAGAAGGAAAUGCAACUCAGAAUGUUGAAGAAGAUAAUUCCAAUGGUGCACCAGAUGAAAGUGAACCUCCUGCUCCUGAUGAUGAUGGGGAUGACGAUGAAGAUAUAGAAGAAGCAGAAACACCUCCUAAACCUAAAAGAGAGAAAGGAAAAAAGCGGAAGGCUCGGGGAGACAGCGAAAGAAAAAAAGGAAAAAAGAAAAAAAAGAAAAAAGCAAUGUCUGAUAGUGGAGAGGACAGUGAUAGUAAAUCUGGUGGUGGUGCCUCUGAUAAUGAUAGUGAUUUUGUCGCAGAAAGUAGGAAGCCCAAAAAACCCAAAGUAGAAAAGGUAGUGAAUACAUUUCAAGCUCAAAAAAGUUCAUCUGAAAUUUGUACAGAAUUUGGUUUAGAAGAUGUGGUGCUCGAUUAUACAGAUGAAGAUUAUCAGACAUUAACAAAUUACAAACUGUUUUCACAACAUAUACGACCAAUUAUUGCUAAAGCUAAUCCUAAAAUUGCUAUAUCAAAAAUGGUCACUCUCAUAUCUGCAAAAUGGCGUGAGUUCCUAGAGAAUAAUCCAAACCGGGAAGCUAUUUUGGAUGAAGAGGACAGGGUGGUUAUCCCUAAGCCAAAACCUAAAGAAGAUUUUGAGAAGACAUACCCCAAGCCCAAAAAAUCAAAAAGCCGGAAAUCUGUUCCUAUGUUGAAAAUCAAGAUCGGGGGUUUUGGUAAAAGAAAGAGGCACAGCUCAGAAGAAGAUGAAAGUUACAGUGAUAAAAGUGAUGCUGAUUUUGAAGCAGCAUUAGAAGAAGCUCAAAAUAUGAGUCCUCCUCCUGCCAAAAAGAAAAGUAAAACAAAGAAAACCAAAAAGAAGAAGAAAACAAAAACCACUUCCAGCUUUCCUGGCUCAGAGGGUGAAAAUGAUGGAUACGAAACUGAUCAUCAAGAUUAUUGUGAAGUAUGUCAACAAGGAGGUGAAAUUAUAUUAUGUGACACUUGUCCUAGAGCUUAUCAUUUAGUAUGUUUAGAUCCUGAUCUUGAAGAACCUCCAGAAGGAAAAUGGAGUUGUCCCCAUUGUGAAGGGGAAGGUAUUCAAGAGCAAGAAGAAGAUGAGCAUAUGGAAUUCUGUCGCGUAUGUAAAGAUGGAGGAGAGCUGCUAUGUUGCGAUAGUUGUCCUUCUGCUUAUCACACACACUGCCUCAAUCCCCCACUAAAAAAUAUACCAGAUGGAGAGUGGCACUGCCCACGAUGCUCGGAAGGGGCUGUAGCGAAAGAAGUAGCUAUCAAAAAGAAAUUAGAAGAUGAAGUAAAGGCUGAACCAUUAAAAGGAAAAGUAUCAAAGAUCCUAACAUGGCGCUGGGCUGAAGUGCCUAAAACUGAAGAUGACAAAAAGGAUGGAGAGGAAAAAGACGAUCCAACUGCACAGCCGUCUACGAGUAAAAAAGCACAACCCAAACCUAUGCGAGAGUUUUUUGUUAAGUGGCAUGAAAUGUCAUACUGGCAUUGCUCUUGGAUUUCUGAAGUUCAGCUUGACUAUUAUCAUCCUGCUAUGUAUCGUUGUUAUUGUCGAAAAAAUGACAUGGAUGAGCCACCUGCUUUGGAUGAUGGUAGCAGUAUUUUGGAUGCUGAGAAAAAAGAAGAACCAGGAAGACGCCCACGGGAUAAUUUGCAGAAUUUAGAGGAACGCUUUUAUCGUUACGGGAUUCGUCCUGAGUGGUUGCAAGUUCAAAAAAUUAUAAAUCAUAGGACUUCAAAAGAUGGAAAAAUAAAGUAUUUAAUCAAAUGGCGAGAUCUGCCAUAUGAUCAGUCUACAUGGGAAUAUGGUGAAGUGACUGAAGGAUUUGAGAUUCCAGAUUUUCAGAAGGCUGUUAAUUUUUACUGGGACUUACGGAAUGCUGUUGAAAAUGCUAAUAAGAAGUUUGGGAAGAGUAAGAGUAGCAAAGGAAAAAAAUCAAGGGAUGUCAGAGAUGAUGAUGGCAGGCAUAUGACACCACCACCAGAUAAACCAACAGUUGAUGAGGAAGUAAUUAAGACACAGCCCAAGAAAAAAUAUGACCGGCAGCCACCUUUUGUUGAUGCAACUGGAAAUGAGCUUCACCCUUAUCAGUUAGAAGGUGUGAACUGGUUGAGGUUCUCAUGGGCUAAUGGUACAGAUACCAUAUUAGCUGAUGAAAUGGGUCUUGGAAAAACUAUUCAAACAAUUGUAUUCUUGUAUUCUCUAUAUAAAGAGGGUCAUUGCAGAGGUCCUUUUUUAGUUAGUGCCCCAUUGUCAACAAUAAUAAAUUGGGAAAGAGAAUUUGAAACUUGGGCUCCUGAUUUUUAUGUUGUCACUUAUAUUGGUGACAAAGAUAGCAGAGCUGUGAUUCGAGAGCAUGAAUUUUCUUUUGAUGAAGGUGCAGUGCGUGGUGGAAAAGUAGGAGGAAAAGUAGCUAGAAUAAGAAAAGACUGUACUAUAAAGUUCCAUGUCCUAUUGACAUCAUAUGAGUUAGUAUGCAUAGAUACUACUAUGCUUGGAUCCAUUGAAUGGCAAGUUUUGGUCGUUGAUGAAGCUCACAGAUUAAAAAAUAAUCAAUCUAAGUUUUUCAAAGUCCUAAACACAUAUAAAAUAAAUUACAAACUGUUGCUUACUGGGACCCCUCUUCAGAAUAAUUUAGAAGAAUUAUUUCAUUUAUUGAACUUUUUGAAUUCUAGUCGUUUCAAUGAUCUUCAGGGUUUCCUUAACGAAUUUGCUGAUUUGGCCAAGGAAGAACAAGUUAAAAAAUUGCAUGAUUUGCUUGGUUGUCAUUUGCUUCGGAGGUUAAAAGCAGAUGUUUUGAAAAAUAUUCCUGCCAAAAGUGAAUUUAUUGUUCGUGUUGAUUUAGCAGCAAUGCAGAAAAAAUACUAUAAAUUUAUAUUAACUCGGAAUUUUGAAGCAUUGAAUGCCAAAGGUGGAGGUCAUCAAGUAUCUUUAUUAAAUAUUAUGAUGGAUUUGAAGAAAUGUUGCAAUCAUCCCUACUUAUUCCCAGCAGCUGCUCAAGAAGCUCCUAAAUUACCUAAUGGUGCUUAUGAAGGUACAAGCCUGAUUAAAGCCUGUGGAAAACUUUUACUUCUCCAAAAAAUGCUCAGAAAACUCAAUGAGGAAGGUCAUAGGGUGCUUAUAUUUUCUCAAAUGACAAAAAUGUUAGAUAUUUUGGAGGAUUUUCUUGAAGCAGAGCAUUAUAAGUAUGAAAGAAUUGAUGGUGGCAUUACAGGAAGCCAACGACAAGAAGCAAUAGAUCGUUUUAAUGCUCCUGGUGCUCCUCAGUUUGCUUUCUUGUUGUCUACACGAGCUGGAGGUUUAGGCAUUAAUUUAGCUACAGCAGAUACAGUAGUAAUUUAUGACUCUGAUUGGAAUCCUCAUAAUGACAUACAAGCUUUUAGCCGAGCUCAUAGGAUAGGGCAAUCUAACAAAGUUAUGAUAUAUAGAUUUGUAACAAGAGCAUCAGUAGAAGAAAGAAUAACACAGGUUGCGAAGAAAAAAAUGAUGCUUACACAUUUGGUUGUAAGACCUGGCUUAGGUAGUCGUUCCAAUACAAUGUCUAAACAAGAGCUUGAUGAUAUUUUGCGAUUUGGAACAGAAGAACUGUUUAAAGAUGAUGAAGGCAAAGAGGACACUAUCCAUUAUGAUACCAAAGCUAUUGACGAACUCCUUGAUCGGACGCAAGAAGGCAUUGAACAGAAAGAACUUUGGGCAAAUGAUUAUCUUAGCUCAUUCAAAGUCGCAGCAUAUGUGACUAAAGAAGCUGAAGAAGAGCCUGAAACAGAAAUUUUGAAGCAAGAAGUUGAGUCUGCUGACCCAGCUUACUGGGAGAAAUUGCUACGGCACCAUUAUGAACAACAGCAAGAAGACAUGGCUCGAACAUUGGGCAAAGGGAAAAGAGUUCGCAAACAAGUAAAUUACAAUGAUGCUAUGGGUCCACAAGAUGAUUCAACCUGGCAAGAUAAUCUGUCUGACUACAAUUCUGACUUCUCGGUUCCAUCCGAUGACAAUGAAGAUGACGAUGACUUUGAAGAGAAAAAUGAAGAGAAAGGAUUUAGGGGUCGCAAGGGUAGACUAGGUCAAAAUGAGAGAGAUAAGCCAUUGCCACCUCUAUUGGCACGAGUUGGUGGAAACAUUGAAGUGCUUGGAUUCAAUGCCAGACAGAGAAAAGCUUUCUUGAAUGCAAUCAUGCGCUAUGGCAUGCCACCUCAAGAUGCAUUUAAUUCACAAUGGUUGGUGCGUGAUCUGAGAGGCAAGUCUGAAAAAAAUUUCAAGGCCUACGUUUCUCUAUUUAUGCGCCACCUUUGUGAACCUGGUGCUGAUAAUUCGGAGACAUUUGCCGAUGGCGUGCCCAGAGAAGGACUUUCUCGACAACAUGUGUUAACAAGGAUUGGAGUUAUGUCCUUGAUAAGGAAAAAAGUUCAAGAAUUUGAGCACAUCAAUGGUCUUUAUAGCAUACCACCUGGGGAACUUCCAAACAAAAUGCCUGACAUUCCACAGGCUGCUACAGUUCCUGUUAGUGGCACCACUCCAAGUGAUAGCAAGGAAUCAACACCAGCUCCAACCCCUGCUUCAACACCAGCCCCUUCUUCUGUAGCUGAAGAAGUGAAAGAAGAAACUGAAAACAAAGAGAAAGCAGAGGUUCCUGAAGAGCCAAAAGAGAACGCUGAAGUGGUUAUGAAAGAAGAAAAGAAAGAAAUAGUCGAUGAAAAGAAGAAUGAAGAAAAAAGUGAUGAUAAAGAUGAAGUUAUGGAAGUUGAUUCAUCAGUAGUAAAAAAAGAAGAGAAGACAGACACAUUUGAAGAUGAAGAUAAGGAUGCGGAUAAAGAAAAUAAAGAUAAAUCCCAUGAAAAUAAGGAGAAAAAUAAUGAUAACAAAGCUGAAGUUAUAGAGAUAAGGGAUGAAGAGAAACCUACUAAAGAUGGUGAUGUUAAAGAAGAUGGUGAUUCAAAGGGAAAGAGAAAAUUUAUGUUCAAUAUUGCUGAUGGUGGUUUUACCGAGCUUCACACAUUGUGGCAAAAUGAAGAACGAGCAGCUGUUCCUGGCAGAGAAUAUGAAAUUUGGCAUAGGCGUCAUGAUUAUUGGUUGCUGGCAGGGAUAGUAAAACAUGGAUAUGGUCGGUGGCAAGAUAUACAGAAUGAUUUUGCUUUUAGUAUUAUAAAUGAACCUUUCAAAAUGGAUGUAGGGAAAGGCAAUUUCUUAGAAAUAAAAAAUAAGUUUCUUGCACGACGGUUUAAGCUCCUGGAACAGGCACUGGUAAUAGAAGAACAGCUGCGAAGAGCAGCUUAUCUAAACUUAACUCAAGAUCCCAACCAUCCAGCAAUGGCUCUUAAUGCAAGGUUUGCUGAGCUAGAAUGUUUAGCUGAAUCACAUCAACAUCUGUCUAAAGAAUCUCUAGCUGGAAAUAAACCUGCAAAUGCAGUUCUUCACAAAGUGCUCAACCAGUUAGAAGAGCUGCUGAGUGACAUGAAGUCUGAUGUAAGUCGCUUACCUGCUACUCUUGCUCGCAUUCCUCCUGUGGCACAAAGGCUGCAAAUGUCUGAGAGGGGAAUCCUGUCCAGGCUGACCGGCCAACCCCAACCACAGCCUCAACCAAACUUGAAUGCUGUUGGUCAAGGGGCCAAUCCCCAAGGACAAAGUCCAGCAUUUGCCAGCACACCACAGCAACAGCAGUCAGGCUAUCCAACCCCGGGCGGACCAACUCUAUUCCAAGGAUCUACAUAUCCAACAUACAAUCAGAGAAAUCAGUUCUCAAUGGCCCAAAGCCUAUUAUCACAAACACUCACAGCCACAGAUUCCCACUUUUCUACCAGCAGCCAACCUCUAGGACAACAUGCCAUGCCAAUGCAAACAAAUUCUGUAUCAAAAGUUUGACCAGAGUGAAAGCAUCAGAAGUCGUCCUUGUUCCUGUUCAUGUUUUGUUUCUCUUUGGGAAGGUGCAUUUUUGCUUUCAGAUCCUCUUGAAAGCUUUCCGUGUACUAUAUAUAUAAACCUUAUCCUCGAACGUUGAUGGAACUAAGGAGAUUGGAGGAUGAGCCAGAUGACAGUUCCUUCUUUUCUACCUGCGCACACAGUUUCGUGGUGUGCCUGAAGGUGCAGUGAGAAACUUCGCUUUUAAAAUAAUUGCGAACAAUAAGCGUCUGCUAAGUGCAUUAGCAAUAAUUUUUUAGUUUCAUGUGAAUAUUCAUAUAUAUGUAUAUUUUUAAUGUAUAAAAUUCACAUCCUUGUAUGGAUGUUUUGAAAAAGUGUUCCUUGGAUUACUUAUACUUCCCUAUGUGUCAGCCAAUUUCAUUUGAAAAUUAGAAUGUAUUUGAACAUUUCUAUGAAAAUCCGGAGAGAAAACUUAUUAUAUCACUUUUUGUAAUAAAUUACACUGAUGCAAAAUUCCUACAAUUAUUUCCAAAGCAAUUUUCAUAAUUUAAUUUAACCUUCAUAGCAAAUAAUAUUUGAAAAUGCCAUUUGUGGGAAUCGAACCCAACUCCCUGCAGAAAGAGAUAGCGCACAUUACUGUUUUUCAAAAUAGUCAAAAGCUAUUAAAUACUACGGCAUGAUUCUUUUGCUAAGUAAUUCCAAGGACACAUUUUCAUUAGUCAUUAAUUAGAAAUAAUAAGUGCUUUGCAGUAUUUUGGCAAUGACUCAAGAGAAGAUGAGAGCACAUAAUAAUGCUUUUUUUAUAGUAUAAGCUACUUAUAUGCGCUCUAGCAUUUUUGCUCAGAGGAUUAGAUUCGAUUCCUACAACUGGCAUUUUUUUGUCUUUCUCUUGAGUCAUCAAGCCAUAUCUUUCUUCAUUCUUUUGUGCAGAUAAUUGAUAAAAAUUAUUUUAAAACAUCAGUUAAAUGCUGUUUUCAAAAUUCUCUGUGCAGUUAAUUCAUAUACUUAACAUGUUCAUUUUAUACUUAAUUUCUAUACUUUCAAACAAACACUUUUUUUAUUUAAAUUGAAUUGCAUCUAAACAAAUCAGUUAUUUUAAAAAAGAAACGAGCAUUAGUUUCAUUUAUAAAACAUAAUGUGUGUCAAAGCGGAAUUUCAUACUGAAUUAAAAAUAGGCAUUAGAUCGGCAUGCAUCGACUUAGCAUGGUUUUUGGAUCUGCCCAAAGAUAACUUUCACCUUGAAGAAUUCCUCUAGAUGUUAUGCCCUUUUUAUAGUUAUAUUUUAAUUGAACUAAGAUUUUCUGUAUUUUUCUUGUAAUUUUUUUCACUGUUUAUCUAUUUCACAAAUUAAACAUAAGAAAAUACUGGUUAGGGCACAUUAUUGUUGAAAUAUAUUUAAAGCCUAUUUAUCAUAUUUUUUUAAUAUAUGAAGAUAAUUUUAAAAACAUGAUAUGAGGAGGUUUAAUAUCAAAUCUGAAAAACUGAAGAACUAAGUGCAAAAAUAAAAUACAUAAAAGGAAUAUGUUUUUAUCUGUGUAAGGGGGGUCAUUUGUAUUUAAAGGAAUUUAUGGAAACUGCCAAUUCUGUUUUAAGAAAUAACACACUCCUGACAAUUUAAUUGAAAUUUGUGAACUGCUUCUUAAAUAAUUAUAAAUAUAAUGUUAUCUCACUGCACUUUCUAUGCUCAUAAAACCAACCUAUAUAUAGCUAAAUCGUCGCUAGUCAUUUCUCUUCAUAUUGUGAAGCAUAAACAUAUGGAACCAAGCUCUUAAUUUGGGCUCCAAAAGACGCAGAGAAGACUGCUAUGGAGGAAUAGUUCCUGUCUUUUGUGUACUUGAAAUAAAAGAAAAUUGGAGCACAGAAGCAAAAAUGGAUUUUUAAGUUUUUUUUUCCACUGCCAAGUUUUGUUUGUUAUGGAUGUAUAUGGCAGAUACUUGUGUACUUAUCGAAUUCAAGUGGAAAUUACAUUCAUUUCAAAUUAUUCUUACACAUUUAUAUGCUUUUAAGUUUGAAGCAUUCAUAUAGCUUCCAAGCAUUUGUUACAUAACUUUAUGGUAGUGCAUCAGAGAAAAGGAACAUCUAAUAUUAAUAUAUUUGGAGCCUUUGUUCAAUGCAGUGAUUGAUGCCAGCCAAAAUAAUUUCUCAUCACUUUUUCCAAUAAACUGUAAUUCUGUAUCUGAUUAUCGGGCAGCUGCAAAAAGUUAAUAUUAAGAACUAAAUUUUAGAAUGUUCUGCAUUUUUCUGUAUUAUCAAAUGAUCAUGAUAUGCAGUUGAUGUUAAUUUAUUUUAACCAUUUACUUAUUUUACAGUUGCCCCAUAAUCUCUUGUGAAAAAAAAUGUAAUUCAAAAUAAACUUCAAAUUUUAACUUAUAUUUGAACUUUUAUUUCUUGGGUCAAGUUACUUUUAAAAUUACAAAUAUCUCAUAGCUUGAAAUUGGUUUAAACAAACACAUUCUGUUGCUUUAAUAAAAAAUAUCAUCUAUUUCUAAUUACAGCAGUUAUGUAUAUAUUGCAUCUGAAGGAAACUGUAGGUGCUAGUAUUAAUUUCUUUUCAUAGAAAGAAGCCUUAAUUCUCUUUUAUGGUGUUGCCCCCCCCCCCCCAAGAUACGUGCUUUAAGAUGCUUUUAAGUUCUAGAGAUAUUUUUCUCCAAAUCAGUUCAUUGACAAUUUCUUUUACUCCCCCCUUAAAUCCUAGAAUAAGCAUGAGAAAAAUUUCCAUCUAGGCUAACACUGAUACAAAUAUUGUUUUAUGCGCUAUAAAUACUUCUGCACUUCCCCCCCCCAAAUAAGUUUCAUUCUUAGAGCCUGGAAGAUCUAAUUCAUAUUCCAAUCAGGUUUUUACAAAUAUCUGAGAAUCCUUUUUAUUUCAAUUUGUUUAAUAGAAUAAUAGUUUAGUUCAACACCUUUGCUUUCAUUUUACACGAGCUAAUUUAUUUUCUCUGUGUAAUUUCUGCAGAAUUAAAAACAAAAGAAAAAAAUAAUUUUUAAUUUCCUUUUGAAUGAAUCAAUUUUAUAAUAUCUUUUAUUGUUUUGUAUUUAAAAGUAGAUAUUAAAUUGUAAUUAUUGUUAGAAAUGCCCUUAACAUAAAAUUAUCUCAGUUUCUGCAGUUCUUAUAAAUUAUAGUCUAUGAGUGUUGAGCCAAGAUUAAUAAGAGAAUAACCAGAAAGCAUUAACAAUAUUCAGUCAAUUAAGUUUAAAAGCUGCAAGUACAGGUUUCAAGAUUAACAGAUAUCAAUCACUUUUUUUCAUACAUCUGAUUUAUUUUUUCUACAAGAAACUGCCACUGUUUAUAGAUAUUAGAGGUUAUCCUGUAUACACUGAUGUUAAAUAUUCUUUAGUAUGUGUUACAUAAUUCUUGCUAUGAAAUUCAUAUGAAUUUAUUUAAAAUUUUUCAAUACAUAAAAGUUUCAUGAAAGCAGAACAUGCACAGAACAUCCAAAGCUCAUUUUGUAUAGUAAAAUUCAAUAUAAUUUUAUUUACAUAAAGAAAAAAGUCGUAUGAAUUAUAGCUAUGUUUCAUCAAAUAUGUGAGAAUUAUAACAGUUUGUGAUUUGUAAUAAAAUUUCAAUCUCUCUGGCUAAUAUAGAAGUGAAUUUAUAGACUUAGAUUUUUUUUAAAUAUAUCCUUUAAAUGCUUACGAAAUAACUUAUUCUGCUUACUUUUCUACACACAAUUUCCUAUCUCCAUCAUCUCCUAUUACAUUUCUUUCAACUUAUAUAAAAUGAAGAAUUUAUCACAACAUCUUUUCAAUAAGCUAUUUAAGUUUAACAGUCUAUCCGCCAUUUGAAUCCCUUAUAACACAUAUAUGCAUAUUUAUUUAUAUAUAUAUUUUAUAGUCAAACAAAAGUGCUCAAUGGUAGUAUAAUACAGUACAGUAUAUAAUGAGGGUAUUUACAUAUUAUCUUAUGGGCCAUAAAACUGUAGCCAAGCAGUACAAUUUACAAUUGGUUAUGGAUAAGUGUGACAUCACAACAUACUCAUAACAUCUGUGUUUUCAUUUGAUGUAAUCCCAAAUGAUUCUCAAUACACCACUUUUAUUUUUAUGACUUGCUAUAUUUUUAACUUACAUAUUUAACUACAGAAAAAAAAAAAAAAAAAAAAAAAAAAAAAAAAAAA